ACUGAAAUGCGCAGUAAAUGCCAGUGAUAAUGUUGAUGAUGAAUGGAGUUAAUUAUUUCGUGGAUAAUCUUUGGACCUCGAGGACGAGCCACGUGGCCCGGAACUAACGAAAUAGAAAUUAAAUUUUCAAUUUUAAAAUUCAACCUGAGAAAAGUGCGUCUCCAGCAGUUUUUUAAUUGGUUCAGGUCGAUCGACCUUGUGCAUUGAUUAAUGGCUUUAUCGGGGAUGUAUUGAUGAAUGAAUUAUUGCGCAUUGGAAACUGUUUAGAUGAUAAUAGCACUGAUUAUAUGAAAUGUCAGACGCCAUGUUGAUUAUUACCAGUUGUGAAGACUGAAAGUCAUUCUGGUUGUGCAAUAAAUUGAUGAUGGAAUGGGAAUUGAUGGGACUGUUGAGAUUUUUACGGUUUUAGAGUUUUUUUUUUAAUUUUACUUUGUUUAUUUUAAGAUUGAUAGUGAGAGUUUAAUUGACGUUUAUGGGAUUCAGUUGAGAGCAAUUUGUGGUAGUUCUGUUAUUCAUGAAUUAUGUAAUUGAAGGUCUACUUGGAUUGUCUAUUCAGUUGGAAAAGGGAACGCCAUGUUGUGAUGCUGUGCGGAAUCGUUCGAUUUUAAUUCAAAGUCUAGUGGUUUGAUCUUAAUUUCGGUGGAGGGCAACAAGUGCAUUUUGUUUUUGGAGGAUAUCUCGGAAUCUCGAGGGAUUGGAAAAAUUGUUGUGGACUCCAAGCAACAAUGACUGAGCUUAAGCAAUUCAGAAGAUCAGAAUUAACAGAGACUGAUUCCAAGAGUACAAGAUUCGUAAUACACGACAAAGUAUACGACGUGACGCUUUUUUUGAAUGAACAUCCUGGGGGUGAGGAAGUCCUUUUGGAUCACCACGGGAAAGAUGCAUCUGAGGAUUUUGAUGAUGUUGGACACUCAACGGACGCUCUAGACAUAAUGAAGAAAUAUCUGGUUGGAGAGGUAGUCCCUGAGGAGAGGACCAACAGUCAACUCAAACAAGGAUGGGUGGCGGGAAAUGCAAAAACCGAAGAAAAUUCAUCCGAUAAUUUUUACCUCUACAUCGUGGGAAUCGUAGCACUAAUUAUUGGCUUUUGGUGGCUACAGAGUGCGUAAUUAACACUCGGAUAAUCCACUAAUAAUUGAACUGUCUUACAUUCCUGGAUAAUUGAAAUCCAAGUUAUUCAAUAUCUAAAUCGAUCUUUCACUGUUAGUUUCAGUGGUUUAUGACUUGUUUUUCUACGUUACGAUUGAAUGAGGUAAAUAAAAAUCAUUCGAAAUUUUGGUGAAUGUUGUCUUUGAACUUGUGUUGAUUUAAUUAUUCAUUGAAUCUAGAAUUGUAUUUUUCUGUCUAGAUUAAUCGAUGAUUAGCACAAAUGUCAA